AUGAGGGUACCAACUCGGCAGCUCUUGGGUGCUGCGAAUCAGAACGUCACGGCGCCGAAGCUGUGGCAGGAUCCGGUCCUUGGAUACUUCGAGACUCACGGAAAGAUGGAGUUCAAGGCCGGCGAGCAGUACAACCUGACCCAGGACGACAAGAAAGCCGUCUUGUGGAGGUAUCGCGUCAAGGAGAUCUUGAAGAAGGAGUAUUUGCGACGAGAAUACGAUCCCCACAGCUUCAAGUACAAGGCCGGCGUUGUCAUGGACCCUGCCAUGUUCCGUUGGUACUCGGCUGACAUGACCCAAGCCGAAUUUUUCCGCGCAACCCCUCGAUCCGUGUUCCUCUACAUGGGAAGCGUCUUCCUCGCCUUCUACCUCUACACUAGGCUGCUCUAUGUUCCGAUUGACAAGAAUAACGAGGCGUGCCUCGACGGAGACCUCUUGUGGGCAAUUGAAUUGAAUCGUGCCAACUCGGAGGCCUGGUGUCGUCUCGCCUUGUUGUACGCAAAAUUUAACCUGCAUAGUGAAUCAAAACAGGCAUGCGAAACCGGCCUGAAGAUCAACCCGGAAUGUGGAUUUAUUUGGACAGUUUACGGACUGUUAGCGGUGUAUGAUGCGAAGACUGUGGCCCAUGAGCCGGCACUACUGGCUGAUUUGGAGGCCGUCGCCAUCGACUCGUUUUGCCAGGCCUUGACCUAUCGUCCGACGAUCGGGGUGAUCGCGCGCCACAUUUCGUACUGCGGC